CAUACUGAGGGAUUCAUUGAAGGACAGAGCAUCAUAUUGAGAACACAGUUUUUCUGGGUGCCUUUCAAAGAGAAAUUCAGACACCAGCUCCAGGACUAAGAGGGAUGGCCAUGGGGAUGGGAAGAAAGAGAAUGGGAUGGUUAAAGAUGACCAGAUCACUGGGUAAAGUUGGGAUUGGGAUUUAGGGAGACCUGGCACUACAGGAAAUUAUACUCUCCAAGACUCCACUUAUCCAGGUCCUCAGAGGUGACUUGAAGCUUCAGUUUCAAGUUGAAUACAUUUUCCAUCCUUGGAUUUGCUUGUUUUGUUCAGUUUUACUUUGAAUAUUUGAGGUUGUCUUUACGACAUAACAGCUAAACCCACGGCUUCCUUUCUCGUAAAACCAAAACAAAAAGGCUCUCUGUUCAGGUGUCAUGUGUGAGCGCCACACAUAUGUAGCACGUACCUUGGAUCAAAGCUGUCUAUAUAAAGUCUGUGUGGGUUCAAACACGUUUCAAAGCCUCAGGAUCCUGCACGGUUUUACUCUGCUUCCCGAGGACCUAAGCACAUUUCCCAUCAAGUCAUGGCUCGUCUUGGAGUCCAGAGGUACAAAACUCACCUGCAGCUGCCUUCUAGGACUUGGCCUUUUGGAGUCCUGCUUUCUCUUCUCUUCAUCCCAAUCUUCUCUGAAGCCAUACAAGUGACCCAACCUUCAGUGGUGUUGGCCAGCAGCCACGGUGUCGCCAGCUUUCCAUGUGAAUAUGCAUCUUCACACAACACUGAUGAGGUCCGGGUGACGGUGCUGCGGCAGACAAAUGACCAAGUGACAGAGGUCUGUGCCACGACAUUCACAGUGAAGAACACGUUGGGCUUCCUAGAUGACCCCUUCUGCAGUGGUACCUUUAAUGAAAGCAGAGUGAACCUCACCAUCCAAGGACUGAGGGCUGCUGACACCGGACUGUACUUCUGCAAGGUGGAACUCAUGUACCCACCGCCAUACUUUGUGGGCAUGGGCAAUGGGACCCAGAUUUAUGUCAUCGCUAAAGAAAAGAAGUCCUCUUACAACAGGGGUCUAUGUGAAAAUGCCCCCAACAGAGCCAGAAUGUGAAAAGCAAUUUCAACCUUAUUUUAUUCCAAUCAACUGAAAGGCCAUUUGUGAAGAAGAGGGAGCAUUCUUCAGUCUCUAAAAGCUGAGGCAAUUUCAACUUUCUUUUGCUCUCCAGCUGUUUUUACCUGUUUGUACAUUUUAAGGAGAACACGUCUCUCUUUAAUAGAAAGCUGGGUGCAAAAUUCCAAUUAAGCAUACUACGAUUUAAAGCUAUGGACCAUGGACAGAGAGCCGGCAUAUUUCUGUUAUGCCAGAGCCAUUUUAGUAAAAGCAUCACUUGGAAGCAUAAGGAUAUAGCAUUAUGAUGUGGGGGUCAAGGGAACAUUAGGGAAUGGCACAGCCCAAAGAAACAAAAGGGCGAAGGAGGAGGUUAUAUUGUACACAUCUUGUAUUUACCUGUGAGGUAUUUAGGACUUAAAUAAUUUUAAAAUUUUUUCAUGCUGUUAUUUUCUUUAAUGAAUGUAUAAUUACAUGAAGGUUUAAAAUUUUUAUUCACAUAGCUAUGUGGCAUAACCGGAGGUUCUAACGGUUGUAUUGUCCCAAGGUGUAUUUUUAAGUGAUAUUGUACAUGGGUGUUUCAUGUGCUGUUGAGUAUUUGUUUGAAUAUAAACACUAUGUACCCGUGUCUUCCCACAGUGGGUUCUGGGGAAGUUUUGUUGGGGAGCUCGGGACACUAAUCCAUCAGGUCGGACUUGAGGUCUUGCAUUAACCGGCUUGGAAACUGGAUGAGGCCGUUGUGCAGUGCUCAGUUGUUCUAAACUGGUGUUGACUUCACGACAGGGCUUUUACACUCACUUUAGUGUUUUGUUUUCUUCAAUGAUUUGCAAGGAAACCAAAAGCUGGCGAUGUCUGUAUGAACCUGACAGAGCGCUGUUUUCAAGGAAAUGCCUCAUCCUGAGACCAGUAGGUCUGGUCUUCCAGGAAGCUCCCUACAGUAUUAUGGCUCCCCCCAAACACAAAGUCAAUGUCACAGAAAGCAGCAGAUGGUAGGAUGAACUGCAUGAGAAUUCCUGAAGACUAACACUGUUAGUGUUUUUUUUUAACUCAAUAUUUUCCAUGAAAAUGCAACAACAUGUAUAAUAUUUUUAAUUAAAUAAAAG